AUGGCUGGCAAAGACGGGAACGGUCGUGGGAACUCUUCUUUUCCACGAGAGCCGCUGAAUAAAGACCUGCAGAAGUUGAUUGACAAGCAAGAUGAUAUAUGGGACAACAUUUACGAGGGGCAGGGGCCCGAUACGACUGAAACGAGCGUGCGAUAUGCCGCAUACGCCAACCGUCUGCGCACCAUCAUGUUGAGCGCCCAUCGUUAUGUCGCAUAUACCUCAGACAUUGGCGAAUCAUUUCGGCCUAUUGCCCAUCCCAUACUCGUUAGGAGCGCGUACGGUAUUUCAUGGGCAUAUAUUCUCGGCGACGUCAGUCAUGAAGGUUACAAGGCAUACAAGAGGAAUCAGAAGUUGGCUGCACCCAAAGGGGACGAGCACUUUGACGGAAGGCAAAAAGAACCGAUGGGCAAGCUCGACGCGAUCCCCCCAACACAUCCCGUCCGCAUACCAGCGAUCGAGGACUACAAGGCUGUUAUGGCGCAGCGUGCCGUGUUUCAGAGUAUUGCGUCUAUGGGUUUGCCGGCGUUCACUAUACAUUCCAUUGUGAGAUACUCGGGGAAAGCGCUCAAGAGUGCAACGAAUGCUACAGUGAGGACAUGGGGACCAAUAGGCCUCGGUCUCGCUGCAGUACCAGCCCUGCCAUACUUAUUUGAUAAGCCUGUCGAGGAGGCUGUGGAAUGGACUUUUUAUACCGCCUUCCGGGCAAUUGGCGGGGAGAAUGCGGUCGGGAAGAGACCUCAUGUGGGCAGGAAGGAGGCUCUGCAAGUCGAAACGGAGAUUGCGCAAGUAGCGCAAGAAAAGAAGGAUUUAUAA